GUAUGGCAUUUCAUUGAUAUAUAGCCUACAGCUGGUGGCUGCAGAUUCGCCACACGGAGUGGAAGGGCUACGAAGGUGACGAAGGCUUGAUGUAGGGGGUGUUCAAGAAGGCUAGAGAAGUGUUUUAUUAUUUUUCAUGAGUGGCACACCAAAGAUUUACCAAAUACACAGCCAAAAUGCUCUGCCACGUUACUCGUCCGGAUUCGGUGGUGAUGGAAGUGGAAGUUGAUGCGAAGGCGAACGGUGAAGACUGUCUGAAUAAGGUUUGCAGAAAGUUAGGCAUAAUUGAAGUGGACUACUUUGGGCUGCAGUUCACAGGCAGCAAAGGAGAGAACCUGUGGCUGAAUCUGAGGAACCGCAUCUGCCAGCAGAUGGAUAAUGUGACGCCCUGUCGACUUAGGCUACGGGUCAAGUUCUUUGUGGAGCCCCAUCUCAUUCUGCAGGAACAGACAAGACACGUCUUCUUCAUGCACGUGAAGGAGGACCUCCAUAACGGUCACCUACGUAUGGGCUCAGAACAAGCAGAGGAGCUGAGCGCGCUCCUGGCACAGGCAGAGUUUGGCGACUACAACCAAAACACAGCCAAGUACUGGUACUCAGAGCUGUGUGGAGACGAAGAGCCCAGCACUGCCACUAUGAACAGCAUCAUAUCCAGACACAAGGCUCUGGAAAGUUUGAGCCAGGGCUCAGUGGAAUAUCAGGCCCUGCAGCUGGUCUCCUCUCUGGAGCAUUACGGCGUGGAGUGGCACUGGGCUCGCGACGCAAAUGGCCAACGGCUGGCCAUAGGAGUCGGCCCUGAGGGUAUCGCUAUAUGCAAGGAGGACUUCAGCUUAGUCAACAGAGUAAGCUAUCCAAUCAUCCAGAUUGCCACCCAGUCGGGGAAAAGCGUGUACUUGACAGUUACCAAGGACACUAGUGACAGUGUGGUGCUUUUGUUCAAGCUGAUCAGUAACCGGGCAGCCAGUGGUCUGUACCGGGCCAUUACAGAGACCCACGCCUUCUACAGGUGUGACACAGUCACUAAUGCGGUGAUGAUGCAGUACAGCAGAGAUUUUAAGGGCCAUCUAGCGUCACUUUUCCUCAACGAAAACAUCAACCUGGGCAAGAAGUAUGUUUUCGACAUCCGACGUACCUCCAAGGAAGUGUACGACCACGCCCGCCGCGCUCUCUACAACUCUGGUGUCGCGGACCUGGUGUCUGGCGGCGGCGGCGGCGAACACUCCUCUCCUUCACUCGCCCCAAACCAAGACGACUCGCAGGACGAGGGGCUGGACUGUGGCAGCUGCCAGCAGAGCCGAGCCCUGCAGGAGCGGCUGCAGAAGCUCAGGGAGGCUCUGUUGUGCAUGCUUUGCUGCGAGGAGGAGAUCGAUGCUGCAUUCUGCCCCUGCGGCCAUAUGGUGUGUUGCCAGACCUGCGCAAAUCAGCUGCAGUUGUGUCCUGUGUGUCGGUCAGAGGUGGAGCAUGUGCAGCACGUCUACCUGCCCACCUGCACCAGCCUGCUGAACCUGACGCUGACCGACAACCACCAACACCGCAGCAGCAUUCCCGUGCCCAUCCGCAGAGAAAUGGAUUCUAACAGCUGCUCUGCCACGGACUACGACCACAAGAUCUACCACACAUAAAGACAACUCCACCAAACUCCAUUUUGAACACUUUGAAGCUAAGCCAAGCAGAUUGAGGUUUCAUAAAGAAGGAACAUUUGUUGUCCAUCUGUUUCCUGCCUGGACUCCAUGAACUACCAAACGUUUAGAAACUCCUGAGCAAAUUCAAAGAUCGAUACACUCAAACCACUCCCUCGACUAGUGUGUGUGUUUGUUUUAUUGUUAUUUCCCUUUGGACUGUCAGUUUGUUGGUUCUUAGUAUUGUUGCCAUCGGUUUGCGUGUCAUUCUGUCCAAAUCUUGUUUGUUUUAAACAUCCCCUGAAGUAGAUGAUUUUAGAUUGUCCUUAAAUUAUUGCAUCAGUUGACCUGAUACAGAAUAGAAACACAUUCUUUUGUUUUGAAAUUUAUGUCAGUUGUUUUUCUUAGCUCCUAGAUCAGUCUCCUCACCCCCGAACCAUAUGACGAACGUAUGUGUUUAAUAGCUAAACACAGAACAUAAGGGUUGUCUUCUUUUUUUUUUUUUUUGUUCCUUUUUAAUGCUUCCUCACAUUUUAAAGCUUAUGUUUUUGAUUUGAGAACUGAAUUGUAUGGUGUAAGAGUAAAAUGCAUUUUUUAAAUGCAUUUUAUUUCUUUUACACGUUCCAUGUUUUUCAUGCCAAUUAGGGGGUAUUUAGAGGCUAAGCAGCGCUGUUCUGGGUAUAGCAUUGCAUACUAAUAAGACACACCAGGCGCUGAGGCCACCAUGGUCCUGUUCUUGUGAUCUUUGGGUUAAAUAGAGUUCUUGAAGGUUCUUUUUAGCCCACCAGAACUGUGACCUUGGAUGUGAAAUUCAGUAUCUUGCUUACACUCCCACAACCUCGAAACAGGUCUUAACUGUCCCUUGACUAAAACAACCUACAAAUAGGAAUUUGUCCAGCAGUACCUGCUUCUUCUGAAAACCUCAGCUAUACAUUUCUCCUCUGGGGUGUGCUACUGAGUUCCUUUUUGAUAUUUUAUAAAGGGUACUAGAGUAGGAGAUCUGUCAGUGCAAUACUUGCUUGCUUUUUGAAAAGCUUUUCAUUUUCAAGUUUUAUUUAAUUUUGAAGAUUAUAUUUAAAAAAACAAAAACAUUGUCACUUUACCAAGAAAGUUUUCCAUGUGUCUGUAGGGGGUUUAGCCUUAAUGUAGCAGCAACACCGUGUUUAUUAUAAACUUUCCACAGACCUUUUUUUCUGGUAAGAAAAGGAAAACUUAUUUCUUUAAUGCUGACUCGAUUUAAGCUCAGUCACUGCAGGGGAAGGACUUUUAUUUUUCACAUUGUACAAGUAGCGAUUUGUUUCUGUUUUCUGAAGCAAAAGCCACUAUUCUCUGUAAAAUAACUCAAAUCCUUUUUUUAUAUAUCUGUUUUUAACAAA